AUGGCAAGUGCUUCCCUUUUCCAUCUUUCUUUGGGUACUUGUUCUAAUACGAACACUACCCAUGAUCAUCAGGUAAUAGGAAAAACCAGAAAUGAGAGGAAGCCACUACCUUACAGCCUAAGUAACCAUGCAAACGUGUGGAAGGGAAGGUCUAUUAGUCUUAGCGUCCCCAGCCGGCCCACAUUUCAUUCUUUUCGGUCUCACGGAUUGCUUUCUUCAACUGUCGAAACCAAGCCUAAAGAUGAUCUCCAAGAGUUGCUGCCAACCCUUCCCAGUCAGAAAAAUUGGGAUGGCAAUUUACUCUAUCUGUAUGAAGGGGUUUGGUAUCCAGCGUAUACACUUAGUGCAUUCAAACGAGAAAAUGCCACUGGCCAACCUUUAUCGUCAAUUGAUGAAGGUUUUGAAAACAUUUGUAGCGGUGUCCAGAGUUAUGGACCCUUUUGGGAUAGUGUGUUGGGUUAUUGGAAAGCAAGCUUGGAAAGACCAGACAAGGUGCUGUUUUUGAAAUACGAAGAUUUGAAAGAUGAUAUUGUCAUUAACUUGAAGAGGUUGGCUGAGUUCUUGGGGCAUCCCUUCACGGAGGAAGAAGAAAAGGAAGGGGUCAUAGAAGAGAUAUCGAGGUUAUGCAGCUUUGACAGUCUCAAGAAUUUGGAGGUCAACAAAAAAGGUGUCCGUCCUUAUUCUGGAGCUCCGAACAGUUCCUUUUUCAGGAAAGGAGAGGUGGGAGAUUGGGGCAACUAUAUGAAUCCUGCAAUGGCUGAACGUUUUGCAAACACAGUGGAAGAAAAAUUGGCUGGAUCUGGUCUAUCAAUCCCAGCCAUGGAUGGAGCAUGCAGUCCCAACAAGCACAUCUCCAUUCGGGAAAAGAAAAUAUCCCCUAUCUCAACUCCAGGAACUGCUCGAAUUCUCUUCCUCAUAUUUGUCCGCACCUGUUUGGUCAUCAAAAUGUUCGCUGCUUUCAGAUUCGCCAGCCUAAUAAUCCCAGCAGGCGAUUCCUUAGCAUCUUCUAAUUGA